CACAUGCCUCAGCUAGCGGAGCGCCAUUGUGAUUUUUUCAAGUGUCAAUUCUUCGUCGACAAGCAGUYUUCACUACAGUUUUACGAUCUCCACACUGUAGUUUCUUUGAUCUUGUUCACAAGGCAUAGAGUUGGGAUAUCAAGGAAAGGAUCUGAGAAAUCUGCCUCUCAAUGAGCCGCGAAUCGUGCAGUUCUGCGGCCAGCUUUGCGCGAAACUGAUUCCGUCUUGGUUGGGUGUAAGGUGGCUUGAAAGCAACUCUCCAUCAUGAAUGUUCGUUUUACCGACAUGUAAUCUAAAGCAUAUCGGCUACACUGAUCUGCUAGUUGCUUUUCCAUACAAAGAAUGAGCUCACACAGGCCAAGGACAACAUCUUUUGCCGAAACCCAAAAACACCAUUCGCCCAAUUUCACCGGAAUGAAAAUAAGUCGGGAUAAAGACGGAAGCAAGAUUACUACUGUGGUUGCAACUACUGGGUCGCUGCCGGACCGUACUCAAGAAAUCAGCUACACCGAUACCAAAGUUAUCGGAAAUGGCUCGUUUGGAGUUGUAUACCAAGCAAGGAUGUGUGAUUCAUCAGAGCUAGUUGCUAUAAAGAAAGUCCUCCAAGAUAAACGAUUUAAGAAUCGUGAGCUUCAAAUCAUGAGAAAACUAGAUCAUUGCAACAUAGUGCGAUUAAGAUGGUUCUUCUAUUCUAGUGGCGAAAAGAAGGAGGAAAUCUAUUUAAACCUGGUAUUGGAUUUCAUCCCAGAAACUGUGUACAGAGUAGCACGUCAUUAUAGUAAAGCCAAACAGACAAUACCCAUGUUAUAUAUAAAGCUGUAUAUGUAUCAGUUGUUUCGYUCAUUGGCUUAUAUACAUUGUCUUGGAAUUUGUCAUCGUGAUAUCAAACCACAGAAUCUUUUACUAGAUCCAGAGACAGCUGUAUUAAAGCUUUGUGACUUUGGAAGUGCCAAAGUCCUUGUUAAAGGAGAACCCAAUGUUUCGUACAUAUGCUCAAGGUAUUAUCGUGCUCCUGAGCUAAUAUUUGGGGCUACAGACUAUACUCCAGACAUUGAUGUAUGGUCUGCUGGAUGUGUCCUUGCAGAAUUACUAUUAGGCCAGCCCAUCUUUCCUGGGGAUAGUGGUGUAGAUCAACUUGUAGAGAUUAUCAAGGUGUUAGGGACUCCUACACGAGAACAAAUCAAAGAGAUGAAUCCACAUUAUACUGAAUUCAAAUUCCCACAAAUCAAACCCCAUCCAUGGAAUAAGGUAUUCAGACCUAAAACUCCUGCAGAGGCCAUUAACCUUUGUAGUAGACUAUUAGAGUACACACCAUCUGGGAGACUAAAACCAAUUGAGUCAUGUGCGCACUGCUUUUUUGAUGAACUGAGAGAUCCUGUGGCUAAACUACCCAAUGGAAGAGAACUCCCACCUCUUUUUAAUUUUACAUCUCAAGAAUUAUCGCUGAAGCCUUCUCUAAAUUCUCUUUUAAUACCGCCCCAUGCACAGCAACAGAACUCUGGUGGUGCAGGCACAAGUAACCCAGGAACACCUAGCAGUGGAACACCAUCUGUUGUUGAUGGUGCUGUGGCUUCUGUUUCAGCUCAAGUUUCUUGAUUUUUUUUAGUUUUGAGAAACAACUACUGAAAUGUUGCCUUUGAAAUUGAUUGUAUAAUGUAUAACUGUCAUAUUGAACAGCAAAGAACAACAAAAUGUAAAUAAUAUCAUUUAGAAUAAUCACAACUUCCCAGAAAUUUUGAGUGUUUGAAUGUAACAAAAUCCAUCUGUAGAAUACUGGAGACGUAUAUGAGCAGGUAUAUUUUAGUGUUUAGGCUGUUUAUGUACAAAGAUCAACAUCACGCUCAUCACUGACUUGCUCUUUUUUACUUUCAUAGAACCUCCAAUGUAUUUAUGGCAUUUGUGUACAAUUGUUGAUGAACUGUGACAGUUCUGAGAAAGUAAAAUCGGAGUAAGCUAUUUUUUCUAUUCACACGCACCUAUGAAUAUUCCUACUUUUGUUUUUAAUCAUGACUGACUUUUAUUUCCUAAAUUCAAUAACAUUUUAACAUCUUAACGUUAUUACUAUCAGGACAUUGAAUCCUUUGUAUUCCAACAGUCCACUAUAAUAAUAAUUUAAAUACUAAUAUAAGCAUAUAUGUGUUUCAUGUAAAUGCAAAUUAUCAAAGACAAUUAUUAGAUUUGUAUUUUCAUUUGACACCCAAGUAUUUAAAGAAAACUUGUAAUAUAUUCUAACCUAUGCUUGAAUGGUUGCUUAUAGGGAAUACAAAUAUGCCAAAUUCUUACUUUCAAUUUUGUUUUUUGUUCAGUGGAUUGCUGUAAAUUAAAUGCUUUUAUCAUAGUCAGUCUUUUAUGUGUAGAAAUUUCAAAUUAUUAUUUGUUAUUGUACAAGACUAUAUAAAUGCACAUAGUGAAAUCUUG